GAAUCACAGCGAGAUGAUUUCAGUCUCAAUUGAGCAAACGGCAACGACAGAAGCAGCAGCUCGAUUGCAAACUUGUAUGUUAAAAAUGAUUUCGAAGCCCGGGCUCUUAUCGCUGAACCUCGGUCUGUUGCUGAUAGCCCUGCUAAGUGCGCAGAUAAUCCAGGCCCAUCACCAUCAACCGCAUUAUCCGUAUGGGGAUCCUCAGUACAGUGGUAACGGAAGGGACUACCCGCCGCCACAUAGGCCACAUGGACAAGGAGCACAUUAUGGACAUGAAGCACAUCAUGGACACGGACACGAUCACAAUCAGUUCAAUAAUCCCUAUCCAGAUAGCCAUGCAGGCGUUUCGGGACAAGGUCCCAACUUCGUUGGAGGUUUCUAUGGAGGUGGACAGUCACGAGGGCGCCCAGGCUACGGCCAUGGUGGAGUUGCUUACGGUAAUGGUCGCCAGCAUCCAGAAGAUAACUACGGUGGUCAGCAACCCAAUGGAGGCCAGCGACCUGGAACUGGGUACGAACGUCAGUGGCCGGAAGCUGGAUACGAACAUCAAGGAGCGAAUUCAGGUUUUGGUGGACAGCCAGGCGCUGGCUUCGAUAAUCAACACAGGACGGAUUAUGGCACACGACCGGUUCAGCCACGUCCCAAUGAAACUAACUAUGAAAACGAGCAAAGCGGUAAUCCCAUCCAGCCCCACCCUCAACCAGGUGGUCAGGACACAACGGAGUUGACCCACCAACAGCCUGGCAACGUUGGCUCUCCUUGGCAACCACGCCCAGGAGCUGACACAAGUGAUCAAAAUGAUUUUCAACAACAAGGCGGCAACCCUUUCCAAGCACGUCCUCAACCAGGCGUUCAGAACACAACAGAGUUGAGCCACCAACAACCUGGCAACGCUGGCUAUCCUCUGCAGGCUCGCCCUGUUACAGGAUCAAACGAUUCAAAUGAGCUUCAACAACCCAUCGGCGAACGCGCUGUCAAUACUCUGCCUAUUGUAUCUAAUCCUACUGAUGAAACAGGCAAUUUUAUUCAACCACUUCCAGGACGACAGCAAACACCAGAGGCAGGAUUGCAGCAUCCCGGCAACGUCUUCCAACCGCAACCAGCUAUUAACGGCAACUUUUCGAAUUCCGAAAGAAAUCCACUUAACAUUGAAGAUAGUAUUGCGGCCAUAUUCAAUACACCUAAACUUAACGAUCAUGGAUCUAGGGACCCCAAGGCGCAUGUUGUGGACGGUGAACCGGACUCGAUUGAUCAACGUAAUCUAUUUGAGACAAUGGCACAAUGUCCCGAGGGAUCCGAAAUGUUGGGCGGGCGCUGUCGCUACAAGGUAUAAACAGAUGUUAAUUUCAUCAGUUGACACAAUAUGAACUACUGAAUUGGCCAAACAAUGUAGCAAUCUAUAUUUAAAUUCGAACAAAAAUUUUAUGAAGUAUGUUAAUUAUAAAUUUACUUUUACACUAUCUGAUCUGAUUUUAAGGAAUUGAAAUACAGUAUAUUAUUCGAUCAACAGUAAGGAGCGCCUAUUUGUUUGAAGGAAUGUCAGAUAUUAUACUUAUUCAGCAUAAUUUUUGAAAUCUAUGUGAUCGAACAGAACCAGAAGUUGCUAACGAGAACAUAAAAUAAAUAAGAAUCUGGGUUCAACUGCCAACCAACCAGCAACUCUCUUAAGCUCUGACAACCCUCAAGUAUACCUGUAUAUACCUGUAAAUAUUACUACUUACGUUUAAUUCAAUACCAUUUAUUAUAAAUUUAAUGUUUUUACCAGUUUA